CUCUCUCUCUCUCUCUCUCUCUCUCUCUCUCUCUCUCUCUCUCUCUCGCACGCUCUCUCUGUCUGUCUCUGUUCCCACUCCACACCGGCUACCGCAGUAGCCCACCAGCCAGCCGCGAAUCUGACAGCCACACAGGGCUAACUGCCACAACUUCCUACCUCAGGCUGGGAGAUAAAUGAAUAAAUAAGCGAAGAGAGGGAUAACACGGGAGCUACCCCGGGGGAAAGAAAAAGGACAAACGCAGAGGAAUCCUCAGCGACGGCUUCUGUUUGCGUUCACGGAUACGGCCGGAUCCAGCGCUCUCCGCCGCACGUCAGCUCUGCUCCUCUCUCUCUCUCUCUCUCUCCCCCUCUCUUUCUCACUCUUUCGCUGCUUCUCACUCUCCGUCUCUCUCGCGCUCUCUUUUUUUCUCUCAAACGCGCUCUCUCUCUUUCUCUCUCUAUCCCUCUCUCGCUCUUUGCCUGCUCUUCUCCGUGACAGCCUUUUUUUUUUUUGGGGGGGGGGGUUGUGAAACCCCGGCAGUGCAGCGGUUCCCCUCCUCCUGCCCCCCUCUCCCUCCUCCUCCUCCCUCAACUAGCGCCACAAUCUCUCCCACCACCACCACCACCACCACCACCACCACGACACCCCCCCCAGACCCCCUCAGGAGGAAGAGACGGAUUACUGCUAACUGUGCACACGGCAGCCUGCAGCUGGUCCAGCGAGGGGCCAGUCCAGCCAAACGCAGGGAGGAGAGGAACAGAGAGGAGGAGAGGAGAGAGAGGGAUGACUGUGCCGGGAGCCCUUUAGCCUUUUCCUGUCUCUCUCCCUUUCCGUCAGAGCAGUGCUAAUCAGCGAGUGGUUAGCCUUGGGCAAAGUCACCGAGAGGGAGCUCUCUCUCUCGACAGACCGAUUGGCUGACGCGCGGACACACACACACACCAGGACCUGACAGGACUGGGGAUUUUUAAUUCUUUCAUUCACUCACUUUUUCCUCCCCUCCCCUCUCCUCCUCCUCCUCCUCCUCCUCCUCGUGUUGUUUUUGGCGUGGGCUUUUGCUGCGUUAUGGAUCGAUGUGAUUCCCCAGUGAUGGAGCUGUGUGCCGGGAUCUGCAGCCAGGGAGCAAGGCAGUCAGGGGGGGCAGCAAGGCUCCAAGCACCUGUCUAGCAUUCCUGGUCUCCGUACCCCCCUCAGAGGGCUCUCACUCGGCUCUGCCUCCCACUAACCAGGAGCCAUUUUGUUCCGUUGGUUAACAGAGGGCCACCUCACUUUUGAGGAGAGGGAAAACAGCAACAACAAAAGAUCUAUGUUUUUACCCCUCUCCAUGGAUGGGAGCUAUAAAUGAUUGCGACGAAUGAUCGCUAUUUGUGAUAUUCCGAGGAGGGAAGAAAGAUCACUUUCAAACUAAUGAGCGUCUCCCUGCGCUGUCGAUGGAAGCUGGGAGCCUUGCCAUGCUCCAGCCAGGGUAGGGUGGUCCGUCCUCCACUGCCGGCCUCUGUCUCCCCCCACCAUGCAGAAUAAUGAGCCCUCCACACCAUGAGUCCUCUGGGCUGGGUUACUCUGCAGCCUACCUGGAACGCAGCCCUGCUCGCCGUGCUCUCCCUCAUGCUGCCAGCUCUCGGUAUGUGCCAGGCCGCGGGCCCCGCUCGGGGCCCUGCCAACCCUCAGAACUGCCCAGGUGUGUGCUCCUGCUCUAACCAGCUCGUCAAGGUUGUGUGCACCCGCCGAGGCUUGGUCAGGGUGCCCCCCAACAUCCCCAGCAACACCAGGUACCUCAACCUGAUGGAGAACAGUAUAGAGACGAUCCAGGCGGACACCUUCAGGCACCUUCACCACCUGGAGGUGCUCCAGCUGGGGAGGAACGCCAUCAGGCAGAUCGAGGUGGGGGCCUUCAAUGGCCUGACCAGCCUCAACACCCUGGAGUUGUUUGACAACAGACUGACGGUCAUUCCCAGCGGGGCCUUCGAGUAUCUGUCCAAGCUGAGGGAGCUGUGGCUGAGGAACAACCCCAUCGAGAGCAUCCCCUCCUACGCCUUCAACCGAGUGCCCUCGCUGAUGCGCCUGGACCUGGGCGAGCUCAGGAGGCUGGACUUCAUCUCGGAGGGAGCCUUCGAAGGACUGCAGAACCUCAGGUACCUCAACCUGGGGAUGUGCAACCUGAGGGAGAUGCCCAUCCUCUCUCCCCUGGUGGGGCUGGAGGAGCUGGAGAUAUCGGAGAACCUCUUCCCGGAAGUGAAGCCCGGAGCCUUCCGCGGGCUCAAGUCCUUACAGAAGCUGUGGAUAAUGAACUCGGCCAUCACCACCAUCGAGCGGAACGCCUUCGACGACAUCACAGCCCUGGUGGAGCUGAACCUCGCCCACAACAACCUGUCCUCGCUGCCCCAUGACCUCUUCAUGCCCCUGCAGUACCUGGUGGAGCUGCACCUGCACCACAACCCCUGGCGCUGUGACUGCGACGUGGUGUGGCUCUCCCUGUGGCUCAGGGAGAACAUCCCCACCAACUCCACCUGCUGUGGCCGCUGUCAUUCCCCCGCCCACAUGAGGGGGCGCUACCUGGUGGAGGUGGACCAGACCACCUUCCAGUGCUCGGCCCCCUUCAUCCUGGACGCUCCGAGGGACCUCAACAUCUCGGCCGAGAGAGUGGCGGAGCUCAAGUGCCGCACAGCCGCCAUGAGUUCUGUGCGGUGGCUCCUCCCCAACGGCACGGUGCUGACCCAUGGCUCGGCCCACCCCCGGAUAGCGGUCCUCAACGACGGAACGCUCAACUUCUCCAACGUUCUCCCGUCCGACACGGGGGUGUACACCUGCAUGGUGACCAACAUGGCGGGAAACUCCAACGCCUCGGCUUACCUGAACGUCAGCAACGCCGAGCUCAACACGUCCAACCUGUCCUACUUCACCACGGUGACCGUGGAGAUCCUGGAGCCCACCGCGGAGGAGACCCCCAAGCCCAAGCCCACCAUCCCCGCCUCGCCCUCCGUCUUUCAGCCCGUCUUCAUCUCCACGCCCACCGUGCUGCUCCAGAACACACAGACCCCCCGGCAGGUGUCCGUGCCCACCGCCAAGGGUCCGGCGCGGCCCGCCGCCAGCCUCGACGAGGUGAUGAAGACCACCAAGAUCAUCAUCGGCUGCUUCGUGGCGGUGACUCUGCUGGCGGCGGCCAUGUUGAUCGGCUUCUACAAGCUGCGCAAGAGGCACCAGCAGAGGAGCACGGUGGCGGCGGCGCGGACCAUGGAGAUCGUCCCGGUGGACGAGGAGGUUCCGCCGGUGCCGCCUUUGACCUCGGGCUCCAGCGGGUCGGACGACACGGGCUUGGUGCUGCCGACGCUCGUGGAACACAACAGUGGCUCCUUCAAGGCCGGCUACGUGUCGUCGUCGUCGUCGUCUCGCAGAGCGGCAUACUGGACCCAGAACCACCUGGGCAGCUCCCUGCAUCGCUCCAUCCGGCAGCACCACAGCCACAUCAGCACCAUCGCCGAGCCCUACGUGAUUAAGACUACUCACACCAAGGAGAAGGUGCAGGAGACCCAGAUCUAGGGGAACUCUCUGUAUGGAUCUAACACAGACUCCGACCGGUCCUUCUCUUUGCUCACCAGUCCAUGCAAUAGGAUGCACAAAGAACAAAACGGUAACUUUCUUUUGUACAGAAGUGCAAAACAGAGACUGUUUUUCUUCUUCUUGUACAUGUCUAUAAAAGAUAUACAACUAUAAAAAAUACAAGUACAUUUAUAUUAAUAUAUAUGUAUAUAUGUAUAUAUAUAUAUACAUAUAUACGUAUAUAUAGUAUAUAUAAAUACAUCUAUGGUCAGGCAGUGGUGAGAGAUGCAGAUUAUAUUAAAAAGGAAAAUAAAUGUAAACUAUUUUCUAAUAACUUGUGACUUCUAUUUAAAAGCGAAAGACGUUGACAUGCUUUUGUGACCGAGGAAUGAAGGUUGAUGUAUCUAGAUUAAAAGGCUUUUGUUUCGUUUAAGACCAUGCUAUUUAGGAGGUUAUAUAUAUCUAUACAAGAAUCAUACUGACACCAGUUUCAAAAAACAAUCCCUACAAUCAAUCUCCACAGGUUCAGCUUCCCAAAGCACCAAUUUGUUCCGUGCCAAAUGUUAUAAAACGCAAUAAAGGAUUUUUUGAUGAUCAAGGAAAAACAAAAGACACAAGUAAGCAAAAUCGAGAUUAGAUAGAGACAUUUGUCCAGGGAUAGUGGUAGAAUGGCACAGAUAAAUUGUGCUGUUCAGUAGCUAUCAGCCAAAUGCUUUUGGACUGCAGUGAAUUUCUGCAGCUAAGGUUUAACCCUGUGUUUGCUGUAGCAGAGUGGAGUUUCUUUGGGAAUGCUGGGGAUUAUUUAGUAAGAGCCAAUCCAAACCUGUUAUUGAGUGUGCAUAUAAUUUCCCCGGUUCCUACUGGCAAAAGAUUAAGUGCAGGCUAAUAUGAACAGUGAUUUGGUGCAAUUACUUUGUUCAGUUAUCGGUUGCAUUCUGUAUUAAUUUUUUUCCAUUAGGUUUUGACAUGCUUCUUAAUGGCUUUGUGUAGUGUUUAGGGCUAAUUUAGUAAUGCAUUACAGCAGUUGCCUCACUAGUCUAUGUAAGGGCUCAUUCCAAUGCUAAUCUUUCACAGGAGCAGACAUGUGGUGCAGCAACACAGCUCUGCUGACCGUUCUGUUUCUGGAAAAAGGGAGGAGUGAGAUGAAAUGAAUGUCUGACAUUGGGCUUUUCCAUGGACUUCAUUGAAACAGUGAAUUUGUUUUUAUUUUCCUUUUUCUUAUUUUCCUUUGAGCUACACUCUUUUUAUGGGAAGUCGAAAGGGGGCUACAAAAAUAAAAAAAACCUUUGGUUUGUAUUUCUCUAAUCAGA